GGCAAGCUUUGAGCGCGUCAGUGCUUAGACCCCUGCUAACAGCGCCAAGGGGCCUCAUGUCCACAGCUUUCUAUGCAGACGCGGUUCAGCCUUGCGAGCAGUGCACGGCGCAUGAAUGGCACGCUUUACAUACCCCGUUUGGGGCUUCACACAGGCUUCACCACCAAGUCAAGAAUACAGCGAGAGCCGGCAGCCUCAGCUCGCGACAUCUUGACGCAUCACAGGAUCCUGCUGGUACCUGAGCUGGUGCACCUGCUCGUCAUUCUCUCUCGCCCGUGCGACUAGGCUACCAAAUUCAACCUUUCGAGUCACGUUCUCAUCGCAUAUACCUACUGUACAUCCAUAUGAAUCUAUGCGGCUCUUACAGUACAGCGAAAGCGGAGAGCUUAGCAUCCACAGCUUCGACGAUGGCGACAUACCCCCUUACGCGAUACUCUCACACACCUGGGGCGCAGACGGCGACGAGGUGACCUUUGCAGACCUCCAGAUAGGCGGCGGGAGGACAAAGCCGGGCUAUGAGAAGAUCCUCUUCUGCGGAGAACAGGCACGGCGCGACAGCCUCCAGUACUUCUGGAUCGACACGUGCUGCAUCGACAAGGCCAACAAGGCUGAACUUGCCUUCUCUAUCCGAUCGAUGUUUCGCUGGUACUGCGAUGCAGCUCGGUGUUAUGUGUAUCUAUCAGAUGUCUCUGACCAACCUCUACCAGUGACGUCAAGCCACCACGAUUCACGAUGGCUUUUGUGGUUCUGGAUGCUCUCUGUUCUCUAUACUAUGUCGAGAUGGUAUAGCAGCACAAUACAACGCUACUUCUAUUCGCGCGACGUUCCAUGCACUUCGGUCGGUAGCGAUCCUGUACGAAGUGAGCAGAAGGCUGAGCUUGCGCUCAAAACUAGCAGAUGGUUUACCCGUGGAUGGACACUGCAGGAGCUUCUUGCACCGUCUACAGUAGAGUUCUUUUCUCGAGAAGGGACCAAGCUUGGUGAUAAGUUGUCGCUGGUAAAAGAAGUGCGUGAAGUUACGGGUAUCCCUAGUCUAGCGCUACAGGGCGAACCGUUGUCUUACUUUAGCGUUUAUGAACGCGUUACCUGGAUUGAACAUCGCACUACAACGAUUCCAGCAGACCGUGCAUAUUCCCUAACGGGUAUUCUCGGCGUUAGCUUGUCCCCAAUCGAUAGCGAGAAUCUAGCUGAAGUAAUGAAGCGGGUUCUAGACGAGGUUGACAAGCAGAACAAUUGUAUCCAAGACUUGUGUCCUAGUAACCCGCGCGAUGACAAGAAGCGGAUCGAGGAGAGUAAAGGCGGGCUGCUUGCGGGCGCUUACUGUUGGGUUCUUGACAAUAACACCUUCCGGCAGUGGCGGAAAGACCCGGAGAGCCGACUACUGUGGGUGAAAGGUGAUCCUGGCAAAGGCAAGACGAUGCUACUAUGCGGCAUUAUCGAUGAACUGCAAAACUUAACGCCGAAACCUACCCUUUUUUUAUAUUUUUUCUGCCAGGCGACCGACUCGCGCAUUAACAGUGCCUUAGCCGUGCUGCGGGGCUUAUUGUAUAUGCUCGUGGACCAGCAGCCAUCACUUGCAGUUCAUAUUCGCAAGAAGUACGAUCGCGCAGGCGGAAGUUUGUUCGAGGACGCAAAUACCUGGGUCGCCCUAACAGAGAUCUUCGCUGAUGUAUUGCGAGAUGCAAGCCUAAGUGCGAUGUACCUAAUUGUUGACGCGCUCGAUGAAUGUAUGAUGGACUUAGCAAAGUUGCUUACCUUCAUCGCGAAGCAGUCAUCUAUGUCCUCUCGCGUCAAGUGGAUCGUGUCUAGUCGCAACUGGCCAGCCAUUGAGGAAGAGCUAGAGCGUGCAGAUCACAAAACGCCGCUGAGCCUUGAGCUUAAUGCUGAGUCAGUCGCAGCAGCGGUUAAGGUUUUUAUCCAGCAGAAGGGACGCCAAAGUGGAACGUGCUCAAGAAGCUAGCCCAGUUCCCGCCUGGACUCGACUCUCUGUACAAGCGGAUGCUGCAGCAGAUAAGCGAGUCUGAUAGCGCUGAUAUGUGUUUGCGGGUGCUGGCAGUGACUGCUGUCCUGUAUCAACCUGUCACAGUCAGUGAGCUAGUUAUACUGACCAAGCAACUUGCAGACCUUGUUCAUGACCUAGAGUCUGUGCGGGAGAUCAUCGGUCUCUGCGGAUCGUUCCUUACGCUGCGAGACGAUACAGUGUACUUUGUGCAUUAGUUAGCUAAGGACUUCCUUGUCACGAAAGUAUCGAACGAGGU